GUUUUGCAACAGAUGUUUUUCACUUGCCGAAUGUAAGAAAAUAAAGUUGACCUGAGAUUCAAGUGUUUUGCAAAAAAUUUAAUUUAAUUAAUAAAAAAGGGAGAACCCACAUCGAGAAACACCGGAUAUACAUAUUAUAUAACAAUAUGAAUAAGCACCUUUUUAAAAAAUACGGAGCGCAAAACCCGAUCACGUCGGCGGCGAAAAUCCCGAUAAAAAAGACAAAAUAUACGACCGAGAAUAAAAUGCUGUUACAAAACAGCUCAAGACGCGUCAGUUUGACCAGUGAAUGCACCAUAGAAUCACGGAGAAUAAGCGUAUCAACAUCGGCCAUAGAGGCAAAUGAGAGCAACCAAGAAGUUUUUCAAGUGGUGUGUUGCAGUCACUGCAACAUCUUUGAGAAACAACUGCAAGCAAUGGGCGAAAAAAUAGAAGUCCUGCAAAACGUUGUGGAAACCCAAAACGCCGCGAUCAUGGACGCUAUAGCCGGGCAGAAGGUGGCUACAGAACAACUGGUGCGCCAAGAAGCCCAAAACACACCUGUCGUCAAAUAUUUUCCGAUAUGCGAUAUACCCGAAAUGCGGGCGUUGGAAUGCAAAAUAACUUCUGCCAACAGGGAUAUAUGUGCGUUAUUUAUAAAAGAGGCUGCUAUUUCGUCCAUUUUGUGCAACAACAUAAAAAAUAUUUCAAUGCUGCUAAAAAUAGACGUAAUCAAUGAAUUAAAUGUGGAUGGAUCUCAUGGAAAGGUUGGGCUUAAAUCCUUUCCAAACUUUUAUGGUGCACUUACAGGAGCCAUUGCCAAAAUGCCGUUUAAGGGAUUGACGCCAGAAGACACGGUUAGAAGCGCACUAAAAUUUGAAAAGGCAAAGUAUUUCAAAAAAGCAUAUAGACAAAAGAAGAAAAAUUUUGAAAAUUAAUUUUUAAGUUUAUCAAAUUUAUGAAUUGUCUUUUUUUGUUUUUUUAUUAUUUUAUUGAUCUCAAUAUUAACUUUAAGACAAACGAAACCCAAGUACAAAUGAAAAUGAAUUUAAAAAUGAAAUUAAUAUUAGACUUUUAGAAUAAGAAAGCGCAGAAUCUGAAAGUAACUUAAAGACUAAAUGAAAAUGAAUUUGAAUAUGAAUAUGAAAUAAAUGUAGGUAAUAGACGGUUUUAGAAUAUGAAAGAAUUUAAUUUGAAAAUAAGAAAUAAUUGAACUUUUAAGUUAUUGAAAUCAAUGAAGUGCAACUUUUUUAUAUAAACUAUCUUUAUAUUAACUUAAAGACCAAAGAAACAAAUGUACAAAUGAAAAUGAAUUUAAAAAUUAAAUUAAUGUAAAUAAUAGACUGUUUUAGAAUAA